CUAUUUUCUUCAAUGUCGUAUUUGCAUUUAAGCUAAUUACUGAUAUAUUUCUACAAGUUUACACUGUAAAUAACUACAGAUAAUUAGACUUUUUAAAAAAAAGGAUUGGCUAAAUAUUUCUAUUUCGUAGAGUGGCCUAUGUUCUUCUGCGCAUUAAUAUAUUUGUUUACAUCAGCAAAGAGAUAGACGCCAUAUUGUGAAACUAGUAGCAAAGCUUUGUUUUGUCAACACAAAUUUUAAUAUAAACACCUAACUAUGAAGUGGCAGUACAAAGAGGAGCACCCAUUCGAGAAGAGGAGAGCAGAGGGCGAAAAGAUCCGUAAGAAGUAUCCUGAUCGUGUUCCGGUUAUUGUGGAAAAAGCACCAAAGGCACGUGUGGGAGAUUUGGACAAGAAGAAAUACCUGGUCCCCUCUGAUCUGACUGUUGGCCAGUUCUAUUUUCUGAUUCGUAAACGUAUUCACCUGCGACCAGAAGACGCACUCUUCUUCUUCGUAAACAACGUUAUCCCUCCCACCAGUGCAACAAUGGGCGCCCUCUACCAGGAACAUCAUGAAGAGGAUUUCUUUUUGUACAUUGCAUACAGUGACGAGAGUGUGUACGGAGCGUGAGGUCUACACAGACUGGUUUUCCCUUCAUGUACAGAGAUAUUAUAAUCACUGCUAGACGGCGGGCUCUUGUUCACGAUUGCGUGGCAGAAUUUUUCUUUUCUUUGGGGAAUGGUCAGAUGUGUCGCCCUGUAGGGUUGCUCCUUUCAACAUGUUAAUUAAACGUCGUUGUGCUGUGAUCUUUGUAAUUGUUCCAGCCACAUGCUAGCGUCAUAAAUAUUCACACAAAUGUCUGCCUUGUCUGUUUAUUGUAUUCUCUGGUUUCACAGCUGAAUUGAAUAGUAUGUAGUAAAAAAAAAAAAAGUCAUUUUUUUUGUGUGUGAUAUAAAUUUGAUGUGUACCGAGUUUAUUGCCCAUCAAAUCCUGUUAGCAGUGAAAUUUGAAGAAGAAAAAAAAAGCAGAGUGGACCAAUUGUUUUUUGGUUUAUUUUUUAAAUUGUUAUUAUUUAUUUUCUUUCAAUUCUAUAGUUCACCCUGUUACAAUUGAAGUUACUAAAAUUUCAUUUCUUUUUAAUAUUAGAAAACUUGGGAUUGGGGGAGGGGAUUUAAAUAUUUUGAAUUAAUAUUUAACACGUUGGCAAUACAGUUGGCCAUUUUUAUUUUAUUUUCAGUUUUAGUUUUGAUAUUUGUAUGUAAUAAUUUUCAUGCAGGAUCAACCAAUGCAGCCACAUCGGCAAUUUCUUUUAUCUAAUUUCAUAGUAUUCCAAACUGUAGAUAAUGCUUGCAAGAAUUCCUGCUUUUCUAAUUUGUAACAAUAAUAAUAAAGUUGGAUACUUGUACACACUUUUGUCAGUCGGUUGGUGACAUGAAUGUUUUAGAAAUAGAUUUUUGUAGUGUUCAGUUGUUGUAAGAUGUUUGUUGCUGUUAAAUAUUUUCUUUUAGUACAAUAAAAGGAUCGUUGUGAUUUUGAAAUUGCCAGUGAAAACGUUUAAAUCCUAUUUAGACAGCGGUAAUACAGUAUGAGACACACUGAUAAAGUCAACAGUUGUGAUACAGUACACAACAAUAAAAUCCUCCAACCACCCAUGGUUGGUUGGUUGGUUUCUUAAAGUCCAUAAUAAAACCUGCUGAACGCAACAUUACAAUGGUAAUUGCUAACUGUUCAUACGACCCUUAAUUGUUGGUUCAUCAGCUACUAUAAUUAGAUUUUAAUGUGGUAACAUCAUCCAUGGACAUUCAAUGAAUUGGGCGAAAUCACCACGGUGGUCAUCUAUGCCUGAUUGUCUUUAUCAUUCGUUUGUGUACUGUAUUCUCUUACCUUGUGUUUCGUUAAAAACUACAGGAGUUUCAAGAUAAGCCACAUCGCCCCACCCCCUACAUCUACAGCCAACUAUUGAUCAGUGUAGUGUCAACAUUGAGUGUACAUAAUGUAUAUAUGUUAAGAGAUGUAUCAAGUGUAUUUGUAUUACUGUAUAACCAGUGGUGAAUCCAGAUCAAGUUUUUUAAAAUGUCAGAAUGUUACUUUCUUUUAUGUAAUGUACCAUAUUUUUAAUACAAUUCAAAAAUAUUGUAUCUAUGGCAGUCUUUAGAUUUUGAUUAAAAGUGUUCCUUCCCCAAAGUAAUUUUAAAAUAUAUAUAUAUACAAAAACAAAUGUCCACUUUUUUUUUUCAAAAUGUUUUAGGAUUUUUUUUUCAUCAUUCUGGAUCUUCUACUAAUAACAUGUAUUCAACAUAUUUAUUUUUUACUGUCUGUCAUAUACAUGUGUCUUUGUAUAAAAUAUGUACUAAUAAUCUUGAAUUUGGAAAAUAUUAUCCGUAACAAAACUAGGCGUGUGUGUGUAUGGUUAGCAAGGUUCUUCUGUAAAAUUUGGUUAAUUCCCCAAGUAUUCAAACCACCUGUACAUUUACAUAUAUGUAUUCUACUUAAAGAUUCAUUUUGAACAUAGAAAUGUCAAAUGCAUUGAAAAGAUUGACUCUUUAACUUAAAAUGAUCUUGAAUUACCUUUUAGGUUUGUGAAUCACUAGUCACUGUAGUCGCUAAAUCUUGAACAUCAUUCUUAAAGAGGGUACUACAUUUUAAAUAGUUAAUAUUGUAUUUUAAAUUGUUAGAUUAUAAAUGCUGAUAAAAUUUCAUAAAGAAUGUUAACCCUUAAUUUCUCUCCGACAUAUUAAACAUUCAUUGUAACUGUUACCUUUUCCGCAAGUCCAUCUGUACAUCCAGUUAAGAUAAGGUUGAAGUUAGCUUAAUAAGAAUAUCUGGAUAUGGGUUAAUUACCUUUUGGGUCACAUUUACCCUGUGAUCGAGAAGGUAAGGGUUAGAUUAAGUCUACUUGGUUAACCUUCGGCUUAAGCUAGGAUGCGUCGGAAAGCAGAUUGGGGUCGGGUGGGCAGUUGGUGAUGAUUUUCACUCAUUUACUGAAGAGUACUGAAAACAAAGUAAAAUUUUUUGAGGUAACACAACAGUCGAGUGUAUGAUGCCACAUGCUUUUAUGUUUAGCUAACUUUAAUAUUUUAAUGUAGUUGUGCUUAUUGUUUGUACAGAAUUUUAUCCAUUUGUCUCGAUUCAGAUCUUGUAAUUCAAAUUUAUUUUAGUCUUCGUGUGUUGUUACAUUCAGUUAGUUUAGUUUUGCUCCUUUUUUUUUUCGUUGUUGAUGGGGACUUAAUUUAAAUAAAAAUGUAAAUCGGUGUAAUACUAAUA